CCGUAGCAACAAGGUCAAUGCCAACUGUGGAGGCAGGGGCGUGGUCGAGCGUCAGUUUGUAAAUGGAGAGCAAGGCCAUGGGAGGCAAGCUGCAAAGCAAUUUAUGCUUGGAUUAAUGAUAAUGAGUGUGCAUCUUCAGUUUCAGUGACAACCAAAGGCUUAAAGGAGGAGAGAAAGAGUAGCGAGGAGGAGAAAUUGAGAUCCAGCACAGAGCUGUAAGUGUAUGUGUACACGUGUGGGUCUCUCAGUGAGACUGAAGUAAUAAAAACAGCUGAAAAGUGAAUAAAGCAACAUCCCCAUCUGUCUCCAUACUUCAGUUUCCCCAAACUCCCUUAAGUGUUGCACCAACCUUUACUCCUAAUUAUUCUGAUUUUAUGAAUAGGUUUUUAAAAAGAAACUUCAGCCUGACAUUUAGUGUCAAGUGGUUGUAUUUUUUUUUUGUGAAUACUAUGAAUGAGAUAAAAACCAAGGUAAUCAACAUUUGCCCAUUUAUGUACUGCGCAACAAGGCUACAAAGUCAUUCUAAUCUACAUUUAGCACUGUUGACACUGUCUAAUAUGUUACUUAUGCUUGAUAUUCAGUCACAUACAUAAAUAUUUGGACAGUAAAAAAAUGUAUUUCAGCUGCUGACCAGAGAAUAUUGGACCUGAAAUUAAAUCAUGUAUACAAGUGCAGACUUUCAGAUUUAAUUUGUGGGUAUUUGCAUCCAAAUCAAAUAUAUGGUCAUUUCACAAUCUACAAUUAAUAAGCAACAGAUGUAAUAAGACUAACCGAGUUGCGAACAGUUUCUGCCCAUUCUGGUGCGACUGCAUGGUCAGGAUUUUCUUCAAGAUACUCCUUUAGGUCCUGCAAUGCAGGCCCAUACAACCCACCAUACUGAACCUAAAAUUCACAAAUACAGUAUAAGGUAAAGCAAUCCAACUUAUGAAAACAUAAUUGUUAAUACUUACAAAAAAAAAAUGCAUGUUAAGUGAUCAUCAGACUCGCCCUUUAAAAAAAAAUGACAAGGACAUAGGGCUGGGCACCGAAAUUCGGUUCCUUCAUGGCACCGACUGAAAUGUUACGGUUCUUCUGGGUAUUGAAACAUGCCUUGCCUUUCGGUUCCACGUUUCGGUUCCCAGAGGUUAAUCACAUGUAAAGUGGAGUGGGCUCUGAUCCGUGCUGGCGUGCUUAUGACCCGAUAAUGCCACCUGUGAUUGGCUGAAACGUUCGCAUGCAUGAAAAAGCAUGUUUCCCAUGUUGUAGGGGGUACUACUUUGUUGCGUCGUCAAUGCCUACAAAAUGCCGAAGUCGAAAGCUUGGUUAUAUUUUAGCAAGAGCGAUAACAAUACUGCGCGGUGCAAUAUAUGCGACAAGAGCAUCACCUGCAAGUCAGGCAGCACUUCAAAUUUCCUAAAGCAUUUGACGGUGCAUGGAAUAAAUCUGAGAGCGGAGAGUUGCACCGUCUUCUCUCACACACCAACUUAUGCACCUUUGUCACCCCCGACUUCUCUGCAGGACGUUUUACCACCAGACUCGGAUUCAUCUGAAAGUACCAAGCACAGCGUCGUGUCUGAUAUUUCAUCUGCCUCUGCCCAGGUCCCUGAUGUGAGGAGGAAAAGGCAGGCAGCUACCGUAAAUCCAUUCACACUAGCAGAAAAGGCCAAAAUGACCAAAGAAAAACAAGCCGAGUGCCACAGGGCAGUGACACAGUUUGUGGUGAAAGGUUUGCUGCCUUUUUCUACAAUGGAGACUCCGUGGUUUAGGGAGAUGAUAAGAACCCUUAACCCCAGGUAUCAGCCCCCCAGCAGAGACAUGCUGGCAAACACAUGCAUACCUGCCUGGUAUGCAGCCGAGAAGGAAAGGGUCAAGACAGAUUUGAAAGACGUCAGGGAUGUGGCUGUAACCGUGGAUGAGUGGUUCUGAGAUAGCUGAUAUGUUAAUUUUCUUGAAGAAAAACUGUUGAUUACAUUGGCGCGCGUGUGUGUGUGUGUGUAUGGUGUGAAUAUGAUAGUGUGUGUUGGUGUUCUUUUUGCACUGGAAAUAAC